AUGCAAGAAGCAUGUCGAAAAGAUGUUGAGCGGGCAUUCGGUGUUCUCCAAUCACGCUUUGCUAUCGUCAAGGGGCCAGCCCGUUUUUGGGAUAAACAAAUUCUGCAUGAUAUCAUGACUGCUUGUAUUAUAAUGCACAAUAUAAUUAUCGAAGAUGAACGCGACGAGCAAGAAGAUGUUGUCAUUUCAACUCCACAAUCAAUUCUGAAUGCUGAAAAUAUGGAGAUAACAGAAACUGAACGAUUCCAACGGUUUCUUGCUCAACAUAAGAGGUUGAAAAACAAAGAAGCUCAUUUUGCACUUCGAAAUGCAUUGAUUGAACAUUUGUGGGAAAGACAUGGAAAUGAAGCGAUGUAA